UCUUUUUUCAUGAAUCUGAGGGGGUCUAAUUGAAGUAAUUCACUGGGGUCAUUCUUGAGAUCCUUUGUAAUGCAGGAAACUUCUGUUUAUUUUCUCGAAGUGAUGGUUAUCAAACCUUGCAGGUCAUAUAAUGGUGAAAUCAAUGGAUCUAUCAGUUCAUAUCCUUAUCCAGCACUAGCAGUGGUGCCAAGCUCCAGUUCCCAGCCACCAAGUCCCCGUAUUGGCGUUUGUUAUGGAAUGCUUGGAAGCGGCUUACCAGAUGCAACAGAAGUUCUUGCUCUCUACAAGCAGAAUAACAUCCAAAGAAUGAGACUCUAUUUUCCAGACUUGUAUGCUCUGCAAGCUCUUAGAGGCUCCAACAUCGAGCUCAUUCUUGGUGCUCCCAACUAUGAACUUCAACAGAUUGCUGCCAGUCAAGCCAAUGCAGAUGCAUGGAUUCAGAAAUAUGUCAAGAACUAUGGUGAAGUUCAGUUUCGCUAUAUUGAUGUAAGGAACUUGGUUUUAGUGAGGCCUUCUGAUUCAUGUGCCCAAUUUUUAGUCCCCGCAAUGCAGAAGAUUCAAAAUUCAAUUCCAGCGGCUGGACUUGACAUCAAAGUAUCCACAACAAUCAACACAAGCAUCAUUGGAUCAUAUUUCCCUCCGUUGAAUUGCUGUUUCAGAUCAGAAUACAAACCAGUGCUCGAUCCUGUCAUCCACUUCUUAGCUGCGUUUGAAAGGUUUGGCCGGAGUUCUUUGGAUAUUAUGAUAUCCGAGAGUAGUUGGCCCUCAGCUGGUGGAAUGGCAACAAGUCAACAACCAUUGAGUUUCAGUCUGUUCUCUUUUUGGAGAAUGGGGGCAAAAGGCAAACUAGAUGUUCUUGCUUGUCAUAUGUCUUUCGAUGAUGUGUUUGGAAACCACAUGGGACCUGGGGAGUUCUCUUAUGAUGAAUUAGCUAAAGCAACAAAGAAUUUUGCAGAUCAUGAAGAGAAGCUUGGCGAGGGAGAGUUUGGAGCAGUUAAUGAAGGCUUCUUGAGGGAUCAAAUGUUGCAAUUAAAAGGAUCUCGAGAAGAUCUAAACAAGGGAUCAAGGAAUACAUUUCAGAAGUGAGGAUCAUCAGUCGAUUGAAGCACAAUAAUUUAGCGAAGCUGAUAGGUUGGUGCCAUGGAAAGGUACUUUUACUUGCUUAUGAGUUCAUGCCUAAUGGCAGCCUGGAUUCUUAUCUCUCUUCAAAAGAGUAAGUCUAUUACCAUGGAAGUUUAGAUACAAAAUUGUGCAGGGUUUGAAAUCAACUUUGUUGUAUCUG